CCGCCCAAGCGCGAACAAAUAAUAUCAUAUCACCCUCUCGGAAGGGGAGGGCCGCCCUCCCGCCUUCUUCCCCCCGCCAUCGUUCUCGAAUCCAGAAGGGCCCAGAAUAGGCUUUCGUUUCCCGAUUUCCGGCCCCACCUCUCCCUCCCCAAUUCCUCCUCUUCCGGUCGAAUCCACGAAUCUGGGUUCCGGGCGGAUCCCCUCCGGUUCGCCUCAAUCGAAUGUUUCUCUCGAUCGCCGACUUCUCCUCUCCCUCGGUUUGCAUUCCGUAAGGCGUGAAAAUUGGCGCCCCAACGCAAGGGGCAGCGCCACGCCGGUGGCAUGCAGCAGAGCAACGCCGGGGCGGCUCUUUACGACCACCAUCCUAGCGUGGGGCCUGGGGAUGCCGGAGAAGCAGUCAUGGCGCGGUGGCUCCAGUCCGCCGGGCUCCAGCAUCUGGCGUCGCCGCUGGCUUCUGCCCCGAAUGCCCUCAUGCAGGGCUAUGGGACACAGAGUGCUGAGGAGAAACAGAAGCUUUAUAAACUUUUGAGAAGCUUGAACUUCAAUGGGGAAUUUCGCUCUGAAGCAUGCACUCCAACAACACAAGGUUUAGGAGCACCAGGUGUGAUGGAUGGCUUUAGUUCACCUGAGCUGCGAGGUGAGCUGGGAGCCGGGCUUCUGGAUCUUCAUGCUAUGGAUGAUACCGAGCUUCUUUCUGAGCAUGUAAUGUCUGAACCAUUUGAGCUGCCAGAGUUCAUGCCUUCUAACGGGCUUGAUGAUAACUUUGAUGCAAUGACUCACAAACAGCAACGAGGACAAAUGGAUAGCAACAUUAUAGCAUCAGCUAGUGUAAAGGAGACAACUAUAAAGGAGAACAAUGUUGCCAAGAUUAAAGUUGUGGUUCGCAAAAGACCUCUGAACAAGAAGGAGAUUUCUCGUAAGGAGGAUGAUAUUGUCACUGUAAAUGAUAAUGCAUAUUUAAUUGUCCAUGAACCUAAAUUAAAGGUGGAUUUGACUGCAUAUGUGGAGAAGCAUGAUUUUUGUUUUGAUGCUGUUCUGGAUGAGCAUGUGACUAAUGAUGAGGUAUAUCGUGUCACUGUACAGCCAAUUAUCCCAACCAUUUUUCAGCGAACAAAAGCCACUUGCUUUGCAUAUGGUCAAACAGGUAGUGGCAAAACUUACACAAUGCAACCUUUACCACUCAGAGCUUCGGAAGAUAUUGUUCGAUUGUUGCACCAACCAUACUACCGCAAUCAGAAACUCAGAUUGUGGCUUAGUUACUUUGAGAUAUAUGGUGGAAAGCUAUUUGAUCUUCUCAGUGAUAGGAGGAAACUAUGCAUGAGAGAAGAUGGGCGUCAACAAGUGUGUAUUGUUGGAUUAGAGGAAUUUGAGGUUUCAGAUGUGCAGAUUGUUAAAGAAUUCAUUGAAAAGGGGAAUGCAGCAAGAAGUACAGGUUCCACAGGAGCCAAUGAAGAGUCAUCUAGAUCUCAUGCUAUUUUACAACUUGCCAUUAAGAAGCACAGUGAGGUAAAUGACAUGAAAAGGAACAAUAAUGGCAGUAAGUCUAAGGGUGGCAAACUUAUUGGGAAGAUAUCUUUUAUAGAUCUUGCUGGAAGUGAGCGUGGGGCUGAUACUACUGACAAUGACCGCCAGACCAGGAUUGAGGGUGCAGAAAUAAACAAGAGUCUUUUGGCCCUAAAAGAAUGCAUCCGUGCACUAGACAAUGAUCAAAUUCAUAUCCCGUUUCGUGGGAGCAAACUAACAGAGGUGCUUCGUGACUCCUUUGUUGGAAAUUCCAGGACUGUUAUGAUUUCCUGCAUUUCCCCAAAUUCAGGUUCUUGUGAACAUACACUAAAUACUUUGAGAUAUGCUGAUAGGGUCAAAAGUCUCUCCAAGAGUGGCAGUUCCAGAAGGGACCAGGCUGCAAGCUCACACGUACCUUCCAGCAAGGAAUCAUCUUCAGCAUUGGCAAUUCCUUUAUCAGUUAAAUUAGAAGAUACCUAUGACCAUGAGCAAAAUCAAGAGAUGAUGGCAACAGAAAUGUCUGAGACUCAGAGGCACUUGUCCAGUUUGAUGUCACAUUAUUCCUUUAAUGGAAGGCAAGAAAGUGGGGCUACAUCCAGUUUACUGGAGAGGGGUCAGGUUGACAUGAAAAAUAAUUAUAUCAGUACUUCUAGUCAUAAAUUAUAUUCUUCUCGCCAGAACUCAUUUAGUACUCAGGAUGAAGAAAGUGUACCAAAGGUUCCACUCCCCCGUAGAAAAUCAUGUAGGGAAGAAAAAUAUGAGAAACAAAAUAAUUGGCCCAGAAAAGACAGUGGGCCUGAAUUGCAUGUCAAAAACUAUAAACAGCAGCAGAUGUAUGAUUCUGGUGCUAAUGCUGCACCAAAGCAAUGUGAGCUGGAAACUUCUUGUCAGGGUGGGAAAAUCAAUGCAAUACUUGAGGAAGAAGAGGCUUUAAUAUCAACUCACAGAAAAGAAAUUGAAAAUACAAUGGAGAUUGUGCGUGAAGAGAUGAAUUUGUUGGCAGCAGUAGGCCAACCAGGCAGCCCCAUCAACAACUAUGUUACCCAGUUAAGCUUCGUGCUCUCACGAAAGGCUGCUGGUCUGGUCAGCCUUCAGGCACGCUUGGCCAGAUUUCAACAACGCCUAAAAGAACAGGAGAUCCUCAGCCGUAAGAGGGCCCUGCAGUAGUAGUCUCUCUUCAGAUGCAAUUGUUGCCAUUGGCCAGUUGUGUCUGGCCCUGGCUUGUAAUCCUUUUAUUCUCAAUGUGUCAACAUCAAAUAUUAUCUCAUCGUUAAGGAAAUCAUUUGUAAACUCCAUAGGUGGAGUUAA